AGUGCAAAAGCUGGACAUUCUUGUCAAUAGCAAAGGCCACAUUUGCCACUGACACUAAAGUUCGGUUUACGUGCAGAGGGCGUGGAUUGGUGUGUGUGGGAGUGUUUGAUUUUGCGAUGUAUGUAAGACAGUGGGCUCAAAACAACCCACAAGCAAUGACUUUGCUGUAGCUUGAAAAAACGUUUUAGGUUCGUAGGAUCAAACCUGCUCCGUCAUCAUGAGGAGAGCCUCGGUGCUGCUGACUGUCUUUGGGCUUCUGCUGGCUUUGACUGUGUCACUACCAAACAAGGAUGACUGGGACAUUUACAGCUUUCACAUCAACUCCACUGUGACCAGCCGAUAUGCCACCACCGUCAUCACAAGCCGUGUGGCCAACCGUAUGAACGAACCAAAAGAAAUUGAAUUCCAUGUUCAGAUUCCCAAGAAUGCCUUCAUCAGUAGGUUCAGAAUGACGAUGGAUGGUCAAGUUUAUGACGGAGUUGUGAAAACUAAGGAGCAAGCUCAGGAGCAGUACACUGGUGCAGUGUCCCGCGGCCAAAGUGCUGGGAUUGUCCGCUCUGUUGGAAGAACCAUGGAGGAAUUUAAAACCUCUGUAACUGUGGCGGCCCACAAAAAGGUCACCUUUGAACUCACCUAUGAGGAGCUGCUGAAGCGAACCCACGGCAAAUACGAGCUGCAGAUCCACGCUCGACCCAUGAAGCCUGUCGAAGACUUUAAGGUUGAUGUGCACAUUCACGAGAAAGCCGGCGUCAGUUUCGUUGAUGUGAAAGGAGGACUGAGCACCAAAGCCUUGGCUAAUGCUAUCACUAAAACACAUGCAGAUAAACAGGCAUGGGUACAUUUCUAUCCAACAGUGGACCAACAAAAAAAUUGUGACAGCUGUGGAGAAGAAGGGAUGAAUGGAGAUCUGGUUAUAGUUUACGAUGUCAACAGAGACAAUGGAUUUGGAGACAUUAAGACUUCUGAUGGGUAUUUUAUCCAUCACUUUGCUCCAUCAAGUCUUCCACGAAUACCAAAGAAUGUUGUCUUUGUAAUUGACCGAAGUGGCUCAAUGCACGGCAGAAAAAUUAUACAGACCCGAACUGCUUUACUCCGUAUUUUGAAUGACCUGGCAGAAGAUGACUUCUUCGGUCUCAUCAGUUUUGACAGAGAAAUAAUUCACUGGAAACGGGAACUCGUUCAAGCCACUGCUCUAAAUCUGGAGGGAGCGAGAGGGUUUGUGCAGAAUAUUCAAGACAGAGGAAGUACAAACAUCAACGCAGCAGUGUUGGAAGGAGCCCGUAUCCUGAAUGAUCAUCCCAGAGAAGGCUCAGCUUCCAUCCUGAUACUUCUCACAGAUGGAGACCCAACAUCAGGAGUGACAAAUCUUGACACAAUACAGUCCAACGUAAAACAAGCGAUUGCAGAAAAGUUUCCUCUCUACUGUCUUGGUUUUGGAUUUGACGUUAAUUUUGAGUUCUUGGAGAAGAUGUCGCUGCAGAACAACGGCGUAGCAAGACGGAUUUAUGAAGACUCUGAUUCUGACUUGCAGCUUAAGGGUUUCUAUGAUGAAGUGGCCACUCCUCUCCUAACAGAUAUCACAAUGAUCUAUGUCGGUGGAACCAAUCUAACCAAGACUAACUUCAGUCAGUAUUAUAACGGCUCUGAGAUCGUGGUGGCCGGUGAGAUUAUCGACAACAAUGUAGAAAUCUUCACUCCUCAAGUUGUGGCCAUUUCAAGUAAACAAAAAGUGACAUUUUCCAACACAAACGGCUCUGUGGGUUCUUCGGUCAGUGAUGGACUUCUUCAGAGAGUUUGGGCCUACCUCACAGUUAAACAGCUCUUAGAGAAAGAGCUUUUGUUAUCCGGACCUGAGAAAGAAAAAGUGAAUAAAGAGGCUUUGGAGUUGUCCCUGAAGUACGGCUUUGUGACCCCGCUCACAUCCAUGGUGGUCACCAAGCCUGAGGGGGAGAGCACAGAAAUUCAUCACAAACCGAAGGAGAGAGAAGAACCACCGCCUCAGACUCAUCAGAGCUCUCAAUACGUCUUACCGAAUCAGAGAACAUUUGCCUCAAUAAAACCUCUCAUGAAGACAAGUUUAAGUGUUCCAGAUAGAGUGGCUAGAUAUGGUGGUUCUCCUACAAGAUCUUUACGUUACCCUGGUAUCCUUCGUACAGCUGCUCGUGGUUCUCCUAUAUUGUCUUUACGUCCCCUUGCACCCGCUCGUGUUUCUCACAGAUUUUUGAUGAAAACUGUGAAUGACACUUAUCCACUCUGCUUCGACAUUGAUGGAGAUGUAAUUGUCAAACUUCUUCAUCAUCCCGACACAGAGCUUUACAUUAAUGGUGAGUUGGACUCAAUAAGAAAUAGUGGCUUCAAAGAGAUCAUCAUCCAAGUCGGCGCUGACAUCCAUGUCAAGGUGGAACCAGAGAGAAUCAUUCUUCAACAGGGACAAAAUAUAACUCACCACACAACAGCGGUAAACAUCACAGCUGGAAGACUUACAGUGAACAGUAAUACAAGGCGAACAGAAGUUACAGAUGGCGACAUGCGUUUGGUCAUCUUUGUCCAUGAGAAACAGAGGAGGAAAUUCCUUUGGCCUGUUUUGAGACAGCUGCCAUCUGCUGGCGACACUGAAGGACUUUUAGCUUUAACUCGUGUGAAGUAUGAAGAGGUUCAUCAAGAUGGCCACACAAAAGUGAAGAUAGCAAACAGAGAGACUGAUACUCAGCGUUCCAGCGCCGUUGACCUCAGGAUUAGGAGACCCGUAGAAGUCGGCUGUUGGCUUGUUCCUGCUGACUUUGUCCUGCCAAGACCUUUGACUGAUUUUCUAGUUGUGCGCACUGCAACUUAAGUUGCAAGUUACAACUUAAUCCAAAAAAAACAAGUCAAGGUAGGUUUAAUUUACCAUGUUAAAAACCACAGAACGUAGCAGAAUUGACACAAAAUUACAAUUAACAACUAGUCUGAAAAAUAAUUUCUUUGUAAUGAGGAGGUUAUCUUAUCACAUAUUUCAAACACAUAUUUGGUAAUGAUCAAAAAUUGGAUUCAUUUGCAGUUGAAUAAAUAGUUGAGGAUCAUACUUUUUUCAGAAUCGCACUAUGGUUUAGUGUUAGACGAUUACUUAGAGAAAGAAAUGAUGAACAAAAUACAACAAAAAGACUACUUGAGCAAAUAUUUUAUGGCUAGAUAUGAACAUAAAAAUAUUAAUUAAGCUUCUGACAGGGUGAGCUUUAAUUAGUAACUUACUGUCUCUGUAAAGUUUAGAGACAGGAUAAUUUGAAGGUAUAAUGUCUAAAGCAAACAUCCCCCAAGUUUGGAAGAACAAGGACAGUUCAGGAAGGAUAGUAAAAGGAAAACGUUGUUAUGUCCUCAGGUUCUUACACCAAAAAACUGCCUUGUCAUAAGAAUCAAAACUACUUUGAUCUGGAACUUGUAUGUGUCACGUUUUUUUAACCCGUUAUUUUUACAGUUCUACUAUUCAGUGGUUUGCUCAGCUGACAAAGUCUAAACACAGAUUUUGUCUGACCUGAAUCCCAUUCUUUGGAUAAGGGAAAGUAUUUAUUUGUUUAACCACCAGACUGUCAGAACUCAUGGUUCUGACAGUCCGGUGGUUUGUUCAGCUGACAGAGAAUCUAAACACAGAUGUUGUCUGACCUGAAUGCUGUUCUGGGAAUAAGGGAAAGCUUUUAUUAGUUUUUAUAGCUCCAGUCAUUAAAUUGUUUCCCAUUUUUGAGAGCAUCAGAAUCAAACUGGACAUUAGGCUCCAAAAUGAAAUGCUUGAGUGAUGCUGAGCACAUCAAGGCAUGGGAGAGAAACAAGUCAAAGGUUGGCAGGAGCAAAAGCUGGACCACAAAACAUCUGGAGCACGAAUAUAAAAACACAAUCAUACUAAACUGGUUGUGUUCAGUAUGGUUGAUUCACCGAUUGGACCAGUACCAUUCAGUCUGACACUGACUGGAAGAGGAGAACGUCUUCAUAGAUUCAUUUUCAGAUCUGUGCUCCCUGAGGUUGCAGCUUCCUGGAGAGAAAAAUGUCGUCCAGCCUGAUGAGCCAAUCAGAGAUGGACUUCAGUGAGAAUGUGGCUGUAUGUGUGCAUUAGACUACCAAUAAAAGAACAGAAUCAAUAAAUGUUUCCCUCCUUUGCA